AUGUCUCGUGAAUAUGAUGAAAGAACCACGACCUUCUCACCGGAAGGACGUCUUUAUCAAGUAGAAUACGCCAUGGAAGCAAUCAACAAUGCUCCUUGUGCUAUUGGCAUUCUCACAAAGGAAGGAAUCGCCUUUGGGAUCGAAAAGAAAAUAAUCAGCAAAUUAUUGGCAAAGAUCGGAGAAAGUGAGAAGGUUUAUGCUAUUGAUAAUCAUAUUAUGUGUGCUGUGGCGGGACUGACUUCGGACGCCAACAUUUUACUACAAAAUGCCCGGAAGAACGCGCAAGAGUAUUUGUACAAGUACGGCCAGCCCAAGCCCGUAGAGGAGCUUGUUGAGUACAUUUGCAGAAUUAAACAUUCAUAUACCCAAGUGGGAGGUCUCAGGCCGUUCGGCGUGUCGUUCCUCUUUGCUGGAUGGGAUAAAAUCCACGGAUACCAACUCUAUCACAGCGAUCCGAGCGGUAAUUUCAGUGGAUGGAAGGCGCAUGCGAUCGGGUCAAACAGUACGCUCGCAAGAGACAUGCUGAAAAAGGACUACAAGGAGGAAAUGACUUUAGAGGAAGCCAUGAUGCUUGAAGCGCGAGUGUUGUUCAAGACGAUGGACGUCAGCGAAUUGUCUACAGACAGAAUGGAAUUCAGCGUUUUACGCCGGUAG